AUGUCUAGGCGCCUAGUCAAAGGCUCCUCUUCGGGUCGGCGGACCGACAACGCCACAACCUACGGCCCAUCCAUGCCGGCGUACCAACCACCCGCCUUCCCCCUGAGCGACGAAGGCCGCCGCGCCCUGUCGAGCAUCAGCAGCUCGGGCGACCUCACUGGCGCCUACGAGACGCAGCUCGCCCGGUCGCUCAGCCACCUCCCGGCCGCCGUUGCUACCAUCAACGACCGCCUCAAGGCGCGCCGCGACGACGUCGACGCCGCCGCCCGCCGCCGCCGCAACCAAGGGAACACAGAGACCACCCCGGCCGAUGAACAGGCCGAGGAGGCCCUGCGGCGGCUGGAGCGCGAAGUGCCCCGUCUCGCCCGUGAGCUCGAGGCCGCCGACCGCGCCGCCAUCGAUGCCAAGCGCGCACUCCUCAACCUCAAGGCUGCGCUGCGCGAGGCAAACACCUCGGUGCAGCAGGCGCAACCGCGGCAGAUGCGAGAUAGGACUGGUGGGGAUGUGACAACAACGACGAUGCGGUUUGAGGAUAUCGAGGACGUGGAUGAGUUCCUGGCUACGGUGCGCGCGGAUGCAGACGGGGAGGAUGACGGAGGUGCCGAUCAAGAGGAGCAGCGUGGGCCUCCCGCCCCACUGCGACUAUUUAAAGAAUCGCGCGCGAGGCUAGCGGCCGAGUACGAGGCUGAGGGGGUGUUUGAGAAAUACGCAGAGAACAACGACUACAUCGCCUUCAAGAGGCACUGGCACGACGGUCUGCAUCCCAACGAGGACAAGGCCAUGCCUGACGCGAGCCGCUGGUUCGAUGAGGAUGGCAACCCGCGGUUGGACGAGGAUGGCGGCGACGACGACGAUGACGAUAUCGCCUAUGGCCCUGCUGUGACAAGCACUAGGUGUCCAAUUACGUUACUCCCCUUUCAAGAACCCAUCACCAGCAAAAAGUGCAAGCACACAUUUGAAAAGUCGGCCAUUGUAUCCAUGUUUCGCGGCCAGGGCGAGAAAGACUGUCCAAUGGGCGGUUGUGUAAAGAGACUCAUCUUUGCCGACUUCCACGAGGAUCCCAUUAUGAAACGCAAGAUCGAGCGCGCCAAGCAGCGUGAAGCACGUGGUGCCGAGUCUGAUGGAGAAGGUGAAGAGGGCGAUGACGGCGAUGAGCCCGAUGCCAGCAUUUUAGAAACCGGCACAAGGAACAAGGGCCGGCCUAUUAAGCGCGAACUUAAACGUGGAUCGUCGCCCUCUUGA